AUGUUAUGUUUGGUGAAGUGUCGCAUUGGCGGUAGCCAUCCUAUCACAGGCCAAAAUCAGCCCUGUCCCACACCCUGCACAUCACUGAGCGUCGCAGCGGCGAAGCGUGGCGAUGAGGAGCAGGUCCUCAGCGGUGACAAGAAUUUGAACAUGGGCACCCAACUGCACGCUGUGACCAAGGCAGAGAUCCCCGACUACGUCCUUUACACCGUAGGAACGUGUGUGCUCAUCAUUGGCUCCAUUGGCAUCAUCGGAAACCUCCUAGUUCUCUAUGCGUUUUACAGCAACAAGAAGUUGAGGACACCUCAAAACUACUUUAUAAUGAAUUUGGCUGUGAGUGACUUCCUGAUGUCGGCUUCUCAGGCACCCAUGUGCUUUGUCAACAGCUUGCACAGAGAGUGGAUACUUGGAGAUAUAGGCUGUGACUUGUAUGCUUUCUGUGGGGCACUUUUCGGAAUAACCUCCAUGAUGACUUUAUUAGCUAUUUCUGUUGACCGUUACCUUGUGAUCACUAAGCCCCUACGAUCCAUACAGUGGACUUCAAAGAAACGCACCAUGCAGAUCAUCGCUGUCGUGUGGCUGUACUCGCUGGGAUGGAGUGUGGCUCCACUCCUCGGGUGGA